AUGAAAAAGAAAUACAAGACUAAAUUUCCAGUCGCCCGCAUCAAAAAGAUUAUGCAAUUAGAUGAAGAUGUAGGGAAAGUUGCUCAAGCUACACCAAUUUUAAUUUCUAAGGCAUUAGAAUUAUUUAUGCAAUCUUUGAUUGACCAAGCUUGUCAAGAAUCUCGUGACAGAAAUGCAAAGCGUUUAACUGUAGCUCAUUUGAAAAAAACGAUUGAAACAGUAGACAAGUUUGAUUUCUUGAAAGACAUUGUUUCUAGCAUUCCAGAUCCUUUAGAAUCACAAUCUUUAGAUGGUAUGGAUAAACCAAUUCGUUCAAGUAGAAAACCAAAGGUUAAAGAAGAGUAA